AUGGAACCUGAAUAUCCAACAAGUGAGAUUAUCCCUAUUGGAAAGAAAAAGUACUUCUGUGUAGAAUAUCCAGGCUAUGUGAAACGUACAGAACGUGCCAUUGAGACUAUGGGCGGUAUCAAAAGUUUAACAGAAGCCGUCGCUGACAACUCCUUUGUCGAACUUCGAUUCAGAGCCACAGACAUGUUUUCUCACCCCAUCAAUGGUUACGUUGUAAAAUCUUCUAAGUUACUAGUGAAAGUCACUCGACGUGUCAAAAAAGUCAAAUACUCAGACACCAUCAUUGAAGACCCUUCCUGGAAAGUUGAAGUAGAAGGUGUCAUUUCAAAGACGUUGCGUUUCAGAGGGUUGGCCGAUUUCCAGUACCUUGUACCAAAGACAGAUAAAAUUCGUCAAUUAAAAGAAGCACUGGUAAAAGGAGACGUACAACACAUUGUCGACUACAAAGUGGCCGAUGAUGAUAGUCAUGACGAUCUUCGUAAUAUCCCACCACCCUUGUUUACUGCUACUGAAGUGCCUUUUACUUAUCAGUACCGACAGAAUGCGCCUGUCGUUCGAGUGAGAAUGAAGGAGGCCGAUGGCACUUAUACAAUCAAAUUAGUAAAUCGAUCUCUUCGCUCAGCAUCAGAUAUGACAACUGUUCGAUUCCACGAAGAAAACUACCCCACAAAAUCAUGGAAACUCUUGGCAAAACCUGCAAAGGAAGUCGAUCUUGAAACUAUUGAAGCAGUCAAAAAGCUAUUUGAAGAACGUCCUAUCUGGUCAAGACAUAACGUCAGUUGUUUAUUGCCUGGCAAGUACCAGAAACAGAUAAAAGUGGCACUUUGUCACAAUGCCUUUGUAUUUACGGACGGUCCAUGGCGUGAUUUUUGGGUAAAGUAUGGCGUGGAUCCUCGAACAGAUGUCAAGUAUAGAAUGUAUCAAAACAUUGAUGUACGAAGAUUCUUUUCUCCGACUUCCAAACCAAAACCCAAGAAACAUGCGAUAUUGCGUAAACAUUUGGAUGGCGUACCAACCAAAGUCGAGGAACGUCAAGUAAAUGACGAAGAAAUACAAGGACUAUUUAUAUUUGAUGGUAAAAAUGUACCUAUUGAAAAAAUCACCUAUCAAGCGAUAGAUAUCACAGACCCUGAUAUUUUAAAGCUGAUUGACAAUCCAGCUUACUACAAAUCAGAGGUUACCAAAGAUGGAGGAUAUUAUUAUAAAUGUGUUAAUCGACGUAUUCGUGUCUGCCUCAGAAAGAAACAUUUAGCUCUGUUGGAUAAUGGUUAUGCUGAUCCAUUAACUGAUGUUGAGGAUGGACUGUUGGAAGCCAUCGAGAGAGAAAAGUUAAAGGACGGGGAAGGCAAUGAUGAUGACGAAGAAGACGAUGGAGAGGAGGGAGAUUCAAGGGAUAAAAAAGAAAAUGCCGUGAAAGAAGCUAUGCAGGCUAUGGAUAAGCCUGGAUCCAGUAAGAGAUUGACAGAAGUGGUGGAUGAAUACAUGGAUGAACUCGUCAAAGGAGAUCCGCUUCAUGAUGAUGAAUUCCUUGAUAUAGAGACACUUGACGAUUAUGAUGAAGAUUUAGAUGCGUUUGAGGAAGUAGAAGGGGAUAAGGAAGAAAUGAUGGAAGAAUAA